GGCUCGGUGCUUUAGUGAAUUUUACAUCGCUUUAAUAUAUUACAAAUAAAAAUGUCAUCCACCUCCAACUCCCGCAGACCGGCUAUGGAGACCGCCGGCAGGCCAUCUAAAUCCCUAAGGGAAAAGUUCUAAAGAAUACGGCCAAGACGUCUUCGUCGGUCUCGGAGCGAACUACAAGAACUGCAGAGCUGCCUAAGGUACCCAAGGCAGCAUCGGAGCCGGACGUGACUGGGUGUGAGACCGCCACACAGCAUUCGGACGCAACAGCGUCGGUGUCCGAGACUCCCACUCAAGAACUCUGCAGAGUCUCGGACAUAGUACUCAACUGGGAGCAGUGUGGGGUUUCGCCACCGCACCAGAUCGUUUCGGACGACGAUAACUCGGUUGCCUCUUCGGCGGGUGGAGUGGACCGCCCCGAGCGUAAAAGCCUUCUAUACAGGACACCAAGAAGAGGCACCGGGGUGGAAAUGGAUCUGGCCACAAGAGAGGCAAACCACCUCCUACAGAAGGGGAAGGACGCACUGGAGACCGCUGGUAACAUGAAGCGGGAGUGCAAGGCCGUUACGCACGAGUGCCUACAGGGCCUGUACGAGACGGUUCUCUCCCUGGCAGACUCGCGAGCCCGUCACAAAUACAAUCUCGAGAAGGAGCGCUCUCGACACGCGCAAGAACUCGUGCGAGUCGAGAGGGCUCAUUCACCAGAAGUGAUGGCUCUAAAAUCCGAGCUGUCCAUCAUGCGCUCAGACCUCCUCGAAACGAAGAAAGAGGCAAAAGGGAUCCGGGAAUGGCUUGGCCAUGAGACCCUCGAUGCCUUAAAUGGCAUCAAGGAGUUAAAAGACGAGGUCAGGGCUGCAAGCCAAAGAAACCUCACGGAGCACGAGAAGACGAGACAGCAAAAACCCGCGGAAGGUCAAAAAUACGACCCCACAGGAGAAGGGCUGUCACGUCUGGAACAACAGAUGACCAGCAUGAGCAACCAGAUGGACGUGCUCCGUAUGGCUCAACAAAAACUGAGCAGCGAGCUGGCGCGGCCAAAACCGGAUUCUGGUGCCCCAAUACGGGAGAUCGACGUCUUCCCGACGGCAAGGUUCGAGGAGGAGAUGGAAAAAGUGCGGGGCCUGCUCGCAGAAAUAAAAAAUAAACCCGCGGCCGUUCCUCCUAACACAUCAAACAUCGACAUUGCAAAAUACACACAGCCGCUGGCAGAAAGGCUGGAAAUCCUCUCGGCGGACCUUCGCGUACUGCGGGAUAAGGAACCGCCCAUUCAAACGCCGACAGCGCCAAGUCUUGACGCAGAGCUUGCAGUCGUGGAGGUAAAAAGGGCCCUCAAGAAAAUAGAAAAAGACGUGGCAGACCUGGGCAAAGCUGAACGACCGCCACAGCAAGAACAAGGCACCAAAACCUUUGCUCAGGUUCCCAGCACCCCAAGGACUCCAGUAAUACCAGCUAAGGGGCCUAAUCACAGCCUCAUCGUCUCCUCAAUAAAUCCCCAGCACACCGGGGACAACGUUAUUGAGAGGAUCAGGGACGCAUUGGACCUCAAAGCGACUGGAGCAAGGGUGGACGCAGUGCGCAAGGCAAGAAAUCAAAAAGUGGUCCUCCGAUGUGCCAGCAAAACCGACCUGGGCUUGAUAAAAGACCAGUUCAAGUCCAGUAAGGGGCUCAAGGUUCAGGAACCGAAACCCCAGAACCCCUUGGUCUGUAUAAGAGGAGUCCUGGCGAGCUACAGCGACGAGGAGAUAUUGGAUCUCCUAAAAGCGCAGAAUAAACAUUUUCUGCAAAACGUCGCGCCAGCCGAUCAAACGGUCAGGAUGCGUUACAGGAAGCGUGCGAGGAACCCCCACGAAUGCCAUCCCGUGCUAGAGCUUUCUCCAAAAAUGUGGCAGUGCUUCACUCAGGCACAAAAAGUCCACGUGGGUAUAAAAAGGUGCACCGUAGAAGACCAGUCUUCUCUGGUGCAGUGCACCAAGUGCCUCGGCUACGGACACAACAAGUCCCUGUGCAAAGCUCCCCGGGAGAUUCGCAGCUACUGCAGCGGAGCGCACAAUGGACGAGAGUGUCCUAGCCACGCAGAAGGCAAACCGCCCACGUGUUCAAACUGCAAAGCCACCAAAAAAGAAGGCACCGACUUGGCCCACACAGCCUUUAGCGAAGACUGCCAGGAACGCCAAAAAUGGGAUGGCAUAGCGAGAUCCCGCGUUUCCUAUUGCUGAGGACGACCACAACGAACAAACUAGCCAACCAGUCGCCCUCCAAAACACAAAACCACCGACAGCCAGAUUGCACUUCAUACAAGUCAAUCUCCAACGCUCCAAGCUGGCAACGGAAGAACUGCAUGUGACGGCUCAAGCAAGGGGAAUAACAAUAGCACUUGUCCAAGAACCAUACAUUGGAAAUACAGGUGUUAUGAAGCAAUUCCCAGGCACGCAGGUCAUCCAGUGCAGCUUGAACCGCCAAAAACCAGUAAAAGCAGCGAUAGUUGUCUUCGGUGGUAGCGUUGAAGUCAUUCAUGACCCCCAGCUGGUGACGGAAAACAUCGCCGCCGUACUACUAAGAGUGGGCCAGCUAAACCUGGGGGUGCUGUCGGUCUACUUCGAGGGCGACCAGGAAAUAGAACCAUACCUUUCUGCCACACACAACACAAUACACAAACUACAUACACACAAUAUCGUGCUAGGGGGCGACAUAAAUGCUUGGAGUCAGUGGUGGGGAAGUGUCUCUGAAAACCAUCGCGGAGCGGCAUACAACACUUUUGUCAAUGAGCGGGAUCUCCAGAUCUUAAACAGCGGACAAGUGCCGACGUUCGAGACAUACAGGGGGGAAAGGUGGUGCACAAGCAUCGUAGACGUAACAGCUUGCAGCGUGCCAAUGCUAGGCAAAAUCGACGACUGGCGGGUGGAAAGGAAUACCACUACCUCGGACCACAACGCAAUAACCUUCUCGAUGCGUCUAGAGAAAGCCCUAGAACCCCUAAAGCCAAUCUCGACACGCAUCUACAACACCAAGAAGGCCAAGUGGUCAGAAUUCCGCUCGCAUUUCAAAGCUGGACUGCUAGGAAACCACCUCACGGUACCCGGCAUCUCGGGCAUCUCGAACCAAGAAGAUCUGGAAUCAUUCGUUACCGCGUAUAUAUAUAAUAUCCACCGUUCAUGCGAGGAAGCUAUACCCGCUCUAGGACUACGAAAAUAUGAUGCGAAACCUCCGUGGUGGAAUCACUCAUUGGACUCCCUGAAAAAGGACACCUUGAGGAAGAAAAGGAGAAUCAGGAACGCGGCGGCCAGCCGGAGACACUUCACCAUCCAGGAGUUUAUUGCGGCACGAAACGCCUACACUGCGGCGGCCACGGAAGCUGCCACAGCGAGUUGGAAGAAAUUCUGCUCAAAACAGGACCGAGAAAGUAUGUGGGAUGGCAUUUACAGGGUACUAAGAAAGACAGCCAAGAGACAAGAGGAUACCCUCCUCAGAAACACCUCGGGUGAGACGCUCAGUUCAGAGCAAUCAGCGGAUCUCUUGGCAAGGACCUUUUACCCUGACGACUCAUCUGAGCAUGAUCAGCCACACCACAGAGCACUCAGAAGGCUUGCGGAAGAAGAAAACCCCCUAGGACUGUCUCCCGAAGACCCGCCGUUUACACUGGCGGAGCUGGAAAUGGUUCUCCAAGGCCAAAAUCCGAAAAAAGCCCCGGGCCCCGAUGGGUUGACGGCAGACAUCUGCAUAGCGGCAAUAAACUGCGACAGGGGGUGUUUCUAGGGAUGGCCAAUAAGUGCUUGUCCCUGUCGUACUUCCUAAAACAGUGGAAGGUCGCCCACGUGUGCAUACUCCGCAAGCCUGGAAAAGAAGAUUACACCAAUCCCAAAUCAUACAGGCCAAUAGGAUUGCUCUCGGUCCUGGGCAAAAUAGUCGAGAAGCUCCUGGUGGGCCGGCUGCAGUGGCAUUUGCUUCCUACACCGAACACCAACCAAUAUGGAUUUAUGCCACAGGGCGGAACCGAGGAUGCCCUCUAUGCACUAAUGGGACAUAUUCGUGCCGAAAUCAAAGCCAAAAAGAUCGUGCUUUUGAUAUCACUGGACAUAGAGGGAGCAUUCGAUAACGCGUGGUGGCCAGCACUCAAAAGACAGAUGGUGGUCAAGAACUGUCCCAGGAAUUUGUACGCUCUUGUUGCCUCAUAUUUAAAAGAUCGCAGCAUUACAGUGAACUACGCUAGAGCGUCUUGUGGAAAGGGAACCACGAAGGGAUGCGUCCAAGGCUCAAUAGCCGGACCGACAUUCUGGAAUCUAAUCCUAGAUUCACUGCUGCAAAAAAUGGCCAGCAAAGGCAUCUACUGCCAGGCCUUCGCGGAUGACGUUGUCCUUGUUAUAUCGGACCACACCACCGGUCCCCUGCAGGAGUGUGCGAACGCCGCCCUGAGCAUGGUGUCGGACUGGGGCGUCAGGAAUAAGCUCCGUUUUGCAGCGCACAAAACAAACGCGAUGGUGCUGACGAGGAAGCUUAAGUAUGACGACCCGGUCCUCCACAUGGCCGGCACGCAGCUGAACCUCGUCCAGGAGGUUAAACUGCUGGGUCUCACAAUAGACUCCAAACUCACCUUCAACGCGCACGUGUCGGCCACCUGUAAAAAGGCGGCAGACAUCUACAAAAAAGCUGGCGUGCGCGGCGAGGGUGACAUGGGGCCUCAACAGAGAGAUAAUAAGGACAAUAUACGUGUCGGUGGUGGAGCCCAUCGUGAUGUAUGCGGCGAGCGCGUGGGAGCCUGCGGCGGGAAAACUGAUGACCAAAAACCAGUUUGACUCUCUGCAAAGGGGCUUCGCGCAGAAAAUUUGCAAAGCGUACCGCACGGUGUCUCUAACAUCGGCACUCGUCCUAUCUGGCCUACUCCCCUUAGACCUACGAGUAAUGGAGGCAGCAACCCUUUUCAAGAUCAAAAAGGGCCACUCUCAAAAGUUUAUACCGCCGGAUCGGCAGCUGGAGAGCAAUGUACACCACUCCCAACAUCCUCACCCAGCGUCGCUCACAAUAACAGAGUACGCAUGCUUAGAGGAUCUAACUCCAGAAAACCCAGAAACCCACCAAGCAACCCGUCCGCAAAUAUACACGGACGGCAGCAAGAUAGAAGGGAAAGUCGGAGCUGCCCUAACUUGGUGGGAAAACGGAAAGGAGUUAAAGAGCUGCACCUUCGGCCUGGAGCCUCACAAUACUGUCUUCCAAUCGGAGAUGUACGCUCUCUUCAGAGCUGUUGAGAUGGUGAGGGAAUCUGGAGCGACUUCCGUUGACAUCUUGAGCGACUCAAGAUCCUCGCUCGACCUUCUGAGGGGUCCUUCUGUCACUCAUCACUUGGCACUCAAAAUUAAGAGGUACAUUAAAGAAAUCGAAGAGGAGGGCAGAGAGGUGAGAUUCUUCUGGCUGAGGGCCCACGUGGGGACCGCCGGAAACGAGAGAGCGGAUGAGCUGGCUAAAAGGGCGGCACUAUCAGGGAGUUCCUCGGACUACAAUCAAGUCCCAAUCUCCUACAUCCGAAAGAGCAUACGUGAGGAGACCAUCAAGAGGUGGCAGGAACGGUACCAAGUCUCCAGCACGGGGGCUGUUACAAAAGCGUUUUUCCCAGACGUCCUGGUAGCGAAAAGGAUCCUCGCAAAUAUGAUUCUGUCACCGGUCCUCACUCAAGUUUUCACGGGUCAUGGGGGAUUCUCAGCGUAUCUCCACCGCUUCCAUCUGAAGGAGAGUCCCUCGUGCGUCUGCGACCCCGACUGCGACGAGACUAUAUGGCACUUGCUCUUCGACUGCCCAAGACAUUGUAGAGAUAGGGUGGAACUGGAGCUGAGACUCGAAAUCCAGCUGAGUCAGCCCACACUCCAUACCAUCAUGGAGAAACUGGUCACAAGGGAGCCAUUCUUGGCAUUCGCGAGUAGAGUCGCCUCAGUUGCGGCGGGCGCAAACAAAACAACAGUAGUCUCGUCGACCCGUGGACUGCCACCAUCUGCACAAACACAU